UUCCACUGCUUAUAUUUGCUGAUGUCACAAGUGGAUCCGGGAAGGGAAGUCCUGAACCAUAGCCGAGCUCCAAUAUAAAGGCAGCAGCACAGUGAUUCCCAGACUAGAAUCUCAAAUCAGAACCUUCAUAUUAAUCAAGACCUACAGAGACGACCGUCAACAGGACCAUUUCAUAUCUGUACAUUGCUGACAAUGGGCGUUUGCGACCAUGUACCUUUGCAAUUUUUUGCCUUUCUUGUUGUUAUUUCUUCAGUGCUAAACAUAUGGAGAGGCACUGAAGGCUGGUCAUACCAUUACUCCAACACCACAAUGAACUGGGAAGGUGCCAGACACUGGUGCAGGCAGCAGUACACUGACAUGGUGGCCAUCCAGAACAAAGGGGAGAUUUCUCACCUCAACAAAAUCCUUCCAAAAGUCAGUGGAUAUUACUGGAUUGGCAUUCGUAAAAUUGAGGGCAGGUGGACCUGGGUGGGAACUAACAAGACACUUACCAAGGAAGCUGAGAACUGGGCAGAUAAGGAACCCAAUAAUGGAAGGAAUAAUGAAGACUGUGUGGAAAUAUAUAUUAAAAGAGAUAUAGAUGAAGGCAAAUGGAAUGAUGAAUCCUGCUUUAAGUCGAAGACUGCACUGUGCUACACGGCGUCCUGCAAGGAUGACUCUUGUGUUAGUGGUCAUGGAGAAUGUGUAGAAACCAUAAACAACCAUACAUGCUCAUGCUUUAAAGGUUUCUAUGGAGAACGAUGUGAACAUGUUGUAAAAUGCAAACCAAAUGAAGCCACACCAGCAGAUCAUGCUCGUGUCCAGUGCUCUCAUCCCAAUGGAAAUUUCUCAUAUGACUCUCAGUGUGAAUACUCCUGUGAGGAGGGUUAUCAACUAAACGGCUCCAGUACAACAAGAUGCACUUCUACAACGGAGUGGUCAAGUAAACCACCAACCUGUGAACUUGUUCAGUGUCCAGGGCUGGUCAAACCACAGAAAGGUGCAAUGCGGUGUAAUCAUCCGAUGGGUCGAUUCAGCUACGCAUCCACCUGUGAGUUUGAAUGUGAAGAAGGAUACAAGCUGCGAGACUCCAGCUCCUCUACACUGUUCUGUGGAGCAGCGGGACACUGGAAUGAUUCACAACCCACUUGUGAAAUUUUAAAAUGCAAACCGGAGGACGUCACCCCACCAGAUCAUGCUAGCGUCCAGUGCUCUGAUCCUACUGAUUUCUCGUAUGACUCUCAGUGUGAAUACUCCUGUGAGGAGGGUUAUCAACUAAACGGCACCAGUACAACAAGAUGCACUUCUACAACGGAGUGGUCAAGCAAACCACCAACCUGUGAACUUGUUCAGUGUCCAGGGCUGGUCAAACCACAGGAUGGUGUAAUGCGGUGUAAUCAUCUGAUGGGUCGAUUCAGCUACAGAUCCACCUGUGAGUUUGAAUGUGAAGAAGGAUACAAGCUGCGAGACUCCAGCUCCUCUAUACUGUUCUGUGGAGCAGCGGGACGCUGGAAUGAUUCACAACCCACUUGUGAAAUUUUAAAAUGCAAACCGGAGGACGUCACCCCACCAGAUCAUGCUAGCGUCCAGUGCUCUGAUCCUACUGAUUUAUCAUAUGGCUCUCAGUGUGAAUACUCCUGUGAGGAGGGUUAUCAACUAAACGGCACCAGUACAACAAGAUGCACUUCUACAACGGAGUGGUCAAGCAAACCACCAACCUGUGAACUGUUUCAAUGUCCAGAGCUUAUCAAACCACAGGAUGGUGUAAUGCGGUGUAAUCAUCUGAUGGGUCAAUUCAGCUACAGAUCCACCUGUGAGUUUGAAUGUAAAGAAGGAUACAAGCUGCGCGACUCCAGCUCCUCUACACUGUUCUGUGGAGCAGCGGGACACUGGAAUGAUUCACAACCCACUUGUGAAAUUGUAAAAUGCAAACCGGAGGACGUCACCCCACCAGAUCAUGCUAGCGUCCAGUGCUCUGAUCCUACUGAUUUCUCAUAUGGCUCUCAGUGUGAAUACUCCUGUGAGGAGGGUUAUCAACUAAACGGCUCCAGUACAACAAGAUGCACUUCUACAAUGGAGUGGUCAAGCAAACCACCAACCUGUGAACUUGUUCAGUGUCCAGGGCUGGUCAAACCACAGAAAGGUGCAAUGCGGUGUAAUCAUCCGAUGGGUCGAUUCAGCUACGCAUCCACCUGUGAGUUUGAAUGUGAAGAAGGAUACAAGCUGCGAGACUCCAGCUCCUCUAUACUGUUCUGUGGAGCAGCGGGACGCUGGAAUGAUUCACAACCCACUUGUGAAAUUUUAAAAUGCAAACCGGAGGACGUCACCCCACCAGAUCAUGCUAGCGUCCAGUGCUCUGAUCCUACUGAUUUCUCGUAUGACUCUCAGUGUGAAUACUCCUGUGAGGAGGGUUAUCAACUAAACGGUUCCAGUACAACAAGAUGCACUUCUACAACGGAGUGGUCAAGCAAACCACCAACCUGUGAACUUCUUCACUGCCCAGCCCUUGACAGUCCUGUCAAUGGAGAGCUGAGCUGUACUUCAAGCUUUAGUUAUGGGAGCAAAUGCAGCUUUAGUUGUGAAGAAGGAUUCCUCCUCCAGGGGGCUUCAGAGAUCAGCUGUACAAAAAUGGCAAAGUGGAGUCAGGAACCACCUCAUUGUGAAGCAGUGGUCUGCCCACAACUUCUUGAGCCAAACAACGGGUAUAUGAACUGCUCAUCUGAAGAACCCACCUUCGGCACCGUCUGCACCUUCAGCUGUCUUGAUGGCCACCAACUUAUAAGAGAUGAGAUAAUGACAUGCAACCUCAAUGGGAGCUGGUCAGGGGAAGUGGCAGUGUGUCAAGCGCAUCCUGAUCCUUCUGCAUCACUUAUCAAAGUGACAGAAGUGACUCUUGGGGUUGCAGGUAUUAUCAGCAGCUCCGGUCUGUUCUUAGUCUACUGGAUACAGAAGAGACUGAGGAGUAAAGCUAAAAAGUUUGAACUGAACAGUACCUCAGAUAUUGAAGAUCCACCACAGGUUUAUAAGAACAGUGUUGACAGUCUCAUAUAGAGCAGAAGAGCACCAAACUACACAUGGAAUUUAUCGCUACUGCAUUGCUGGACAUAAUAAUGUCAUUACAUUUCCAAAUGAUUUGACACUUAAAUGUGAUAAAAUAUUCUUCAUUCUCAGUCUGAUGGGCAUUACCAUUUCAUCAGGCAACAGUCCUAAUUGAAUGUGACGUCUACUUCCCAAUGGAAGCUUUUAUUAUUUACUUGACUGAACAUAUUGUUCUGUACGGUUUAAAUAUUCUCUUUUUAUGUUAUUAAUAUACACUAUUUUUUUGUACUAUUUAUUGUAUUGGUCUAAUUAAAACUUUUGUAAAUGUAAACCAAUAAAGUUUGACUUUCAUGA